AUCUGCAAUCGGCAUGAUGCUAUGCUGGCUGCAGGCAUAAAUACAUGGCGGAAGCACCUGUAAUGCAGUAUGUAUGUAUGGUUGUUGAUUUUUAAAAGCAGAGAGAAAUGCAUCCCGUGAUCACGGGUCAUGGUGUAUAGCAGCCAGUUGGGCGAGUCCCGCCGUCCGCAUGUGAACCGGCCCUGCCAUCACGGCUCCUCCUUUCUCCAUCCGCCAUCUCCGUUCAUUCAUUCCCUCGUCCUUUUCCUCCUUUUGAUUUGAUCUGGUAGACGAAGAAGAAGCUUAGCACUUGAGUUGCCGGCCUAUAAAUUCACACGCCCCCCAACUGCAUCAAGCCAUUAACCACCAGAGUACGGUAGUCAGCAACCGGCGAGAUCAGCGAGCGAGAGAUGGCACCGGCCUCCUCCUACGCCGUUGCGGUCGCACUUUUCUGCCUGCUCGCCGCCGAUGGCUGCUGCGGCUGCUUUUGGUUCCUGCCUGCCAUAUUCUGCCCUGGAUACUCCCCCACGCCUACACCCGCCCCCGCUACCCCCACCCCCAGCCCGGGCACCGGCACCGGCGGCAGCGGCACCAACGUCGACGGCGGCGGCUGGCUCGACGCCAGGGCCACCUGGUACGGCGCUCCCGGCGGCGCCGGGCCUGACGACAAUGGUGGCGCGUGCGGGUUCAAGAACGUGAACCUGCCGCCGUUCAACGCCAUGACGUCUUGCGGCAACGAGCCGCUCUUCAAGGACGGCAAGGGAUGCGGCUCGUGCUACCAGAUAAGGUGCGUGGCUCACGCAGCGUGCUCCGGCGUCCCUGAGACGGUGAUCAUCACCGACAUGAACUACUACCCGGUGGCCCGCUACCACUUCGACCUCAGCGGCACCGCCUUCGGCGCCAUGGCCAAGGACGGCCGGAACGACGAGCUCCGCCACGCCGGCAUCAUCGACAUGCAGUUCAAGAGGGUGCCGUGCCAGUACCCGGGGCUGUCGGUGACGUUCCACGUGGAGCAGGGGUCGAACCCGAACUACCUAGCGGUCCUGGUGGAGUACGAGAACGGCGACGGCGACGUGGCGCAGGUGGACCUCAUGGAGUCGCGGCCGGACAAUGGUGAGCCGACGGGGGUCUGGACGCCCAUGAGGGAGUCGUGGGGCUCCAUCUGGCGGCUGGACACGCACCGCCCGCUGCAGGGGCCCUUUUCGCUGCGGGUCACCAACGAGUCCGGCAGGUCGCUCGUCGCCGAGCAGGUCAUCCCAGCCGACUGGCAGCCCGACACGGUGUACAGCUCCCUCGUCCAGUUCGAUUGACCCCUCCCGCUCAUCCAUGGAAGGCAUCCAUGCACGUCCAUGCAUGGGUUAGUCGAGACGUCGCUUGUGACGUCCGGUGUGUGUCGUCUUCGUGUGCUAGCUACGUGUUCUCUCUCGUAGCGCAUACGUUUUUCAUGGUAUACGUGUCUCGUUCAAUAUAAUAAAGACAUUUAGAUACAUUAUAACUAAA